AUGAAUUUUCAGAUAAGCAAUUACUGUGCCGUAUAUACACUCUGUAACCUCGAUUCCUUUCAUGCAUCACCUUCGUUUAGGACUAGCAAUCCGCGGAUUCAGGAUGAAGAAGUGGUUUCUAUAUUCUCUUCUCUCCAGCUAAGCUAUCCAUUGAUGCAGGUGCAGAAAAAUCUGUUGUGGAAAAUCAUAUUGAAGACAAAGGCAUUUGCUCCAGCAACUGAAACAGUGAAAAUACACACUUAUUUCAAGAGCGACAGAGGUUAUUUCAGUGAAAAUACACACUUGUUUGUGAUUGAAAGUGAGAAAAGAUGA